AUGGAUGGCCUGCGAUACCGAGAUAGGGCAAGCGACUUUCAGCGACGGCUAGACAGCUUUCCCAAGACCCUGGAGGGCUUCUUCCAGCGCAUGCUGGAUACAACCGAACCAAUGUACAAGCAGCAGACAGCUCGUACUUUCAAGGUCGCCCUGACGGCCGAGGAGCCGCUAGAUCUCAUCCUAUACUCUUUCAUGGAUGAGAUUGAAGAUGACCCGUCGUGGGCUCUCAAUUGUUCUGCUGUCGAGUGCAGCAAGGAUGAGAUCUUGGAAGUACACGAGGCCAUGAGGCCACGUCUCGACCCCAGGUGUAAAGGGCUACUCGAAAUACAGAAACAAUCUUACCUCCAAGGGCCAGCGGAUAUUUCGUUCAAGCAAUACAACGCCGAGUUUCUCUACCGUACGGCCAGGGACUUUCUGAUUAACUCCCUUGAAGUCAGCGCCAUGUUCGAAAGGGAACUGGGUGACGAUUUUGACCCCCUGGUCGUGUUGGGCGGAUCAUUGUUAGCGUCAAUGAAGAAAGCCAGGAUGGACCCGCCAGAGUGGAAAAGCCAACAGCAUCUACUCGAAACGGCAAAUCAGCUCAUUGUAUAUGCUACGCGGGUUUUACAGCCUGGGCAUGACACUUCUGCGAAGAACAAGUCUGAAUGGUUUGCGAUCUUGACAAAUCUCCAUGCUACAAUAUCGAACAGGAGUACUCAUCUUUCAUCCGUGAGAGGGAUAGAAGAAUUGUUCGAGAUAGCACCUCUUGACCAAUUCUGCCAGGACCAAGCAUAG